GUUUCGUUCUUUUUUGAAUGCAAUGGGUAGGGAACCAACGUGCAUCAUAACAGAUCAAGACCCUUCUAUGAAAAUUGCCAUUCCACAGGUCUUCACAACAUCUUGUCACAGAUUUUGCAUGUGGCAUAUUAUGGAGAAGAUGCCAUUAAGGAGCAAAAAAAUAUUCACUAGCUAUCAAGAAAGUAGUGCAGGAGCAUCUACAAAAAGUGACGUUAUCAAAAGUUAUUAUGGGUCAUCUGUUCCUACAGAAGUUAGCGUCCAUCCACCUCAGCAGGCUCGGAAUAAGGGUUGCGGUAAGAGAAUUAAAGGUGGCAAGGAGAAGUCAAUUGAAGUGCGCAAUAAGACUAAGAGGUUAUGUAGAAAAUGUAAUAAAAAAGGAUAUCAUGACAGUAGGAAUUGUCCUUUGAACUUGGAGGAUUGACUAAUUUUUUAUUUAUUUUGAUUAUUUAUCCUUUAUACAAG